GAUUAAGGCAGAAAUGAACAGCCAAAGAAGGCGAAAUGCUAGCAUUAAAAAAAUAAUGCUAAAAUUGCAUAAUGCUAAAAUUAAAUCUAUUUAAUAUUGCUUUUGCUAGUGUUGUUUUAAUUAAAUACGCUAUAAACUAUGGUGCUUUUUUAAUAUAAAUUUGUUAAAAGGGUUUGGAACUAUUUUUGUAUUUUUCUUCUAAAUCUUGUUUGACUGAAAACCUUAAUGACAAAUUCCGUGUCGUAAAUAAUUUAAAAUAUGGAUGUGAAAUUUAAUUCGAAGCAACUCAUAACAAUAGAUUAUCCAGGAACUGUUGUCAAUCUGGAUAAUAUGAUAAAAACUUUAGGAGGGGAAGCUGAAAUGUGGUCAACUUUUAGUAAUCGUACGAAACGUUUGGAACUAAAAUUUCGACCUGACGAUCCCCAUUGCAAGUGUGUGCACGGAGAUAUGAUUAAAACCACUACCCUCAUGAUGAAAGUAAUCAAACGAACUAAGAAAAGCUCGAAAAAAGAAGUUAAGAAGAAAGAGCCAACAUACAGUAUGGAGCUACUAGGAGUUUCUUGUUCUUCCUACAAGUUCCAGUCCUUAGUGGAUUUUCAAAUUCUACCUAUUGCAUUUGACGAACAGCUUAACGAAUAUAAAUCUUUAAUUCCAAACAUUAUCCCUACAGAACUGCAUCCUGUGUCUUGGCUUGAUCAAGAAAUGGAAUUGUUUAUCCCGCCUUUAAUGUAUUCCCGUUUUGAUGUACCUCAAAAUGGAUAUAUUGAAACCAACAAAGCAAAAGCAAGUUUGGCUAAUCGUUCUUUGCCGGAAAACAUUAUCGGUAAAUGUAGAAAGAGAAGAGCUGGGUUUGCUGUCUUUGUCACGUUUGAUAGUAAAGAAACGCCAUCAGAGCCGCAAGCCCUUGCUUUGAAACAAUUGGAAACUUACCCUCUUGACCUUGAGUUAAAGGUCAAAAUCGAUGAGUUUUUUAAGGAGAAGCCUAUUUGGAGCAGGAAUGCCAUUGCCUAUAAACUGAAAUGUGAUAGAUCGCGUUUAAAGUAUCCAUUACCUUGUUCAGCUUAUUACUUUACGAAUGGCCCAUGGAGGACAUUGUGGGUUAAGUUUGGCUACGAUCCAAGAACAACACCUGCCUCGAAGCCUUUCCAAGUUCUGGAUCUGAGGAUACAUGCCAACAUACCCAUUAAUGAGCAUAAAAUUCAGCCGCGCACAAAAAAUUUUGGUCUUUCUAAUAAAGCUGCAUCUAUACAGAAGAAUAUUCCUAUAACUACAGAUCUUUUGGUUGUUGCAAAAGAUGAAGAUGAAAAUAUGUCCGAUCAGGAUUUAAAAACUAGACGUCUUCUGACGGAAUAUAUACCUGGUGAACUGCCCACUGCGAGGCAGUGUUUUUAUCAGUUGUGCGAUAUUCAUUUGGAAUCAGUUCAAGCUCUUAUUCAUCAGAAUGACGGGAGAGAAGAUAUUUGUCAUGAAAGAGAUGGCUGGUGUGAACUCGGGACAUUAGAAAAAUGCAGAGAGUUGAUUCUUGCAGACAUAAUGAAGACUAAUAAAUUGGGAAAUUAAUGGAAAAACAGCUGCGCUUUUAACUUAAAGGUUUACGUGUAUCAUUUGUAUUAUAUUAAAAUCCAUUUGUAUUCAGAACGUUUAGUUGACUUAUUGAAAUUGUAUUACAAGAGGUCCUAAAUAUAAUUAAUAUACUAAUUUACUUAUUUAGAUAGUAACUAUUAACUCUAUAAAAUAAAUCUUGGUGCAAAUUGGAUUUAGCAAUGGUGUCAUUCAUUUUCCGCAUUUGUUACUUUUUAAAGAAAACAAAAAGAGUGUCAUUAAAUUUUGUAGUGUUCAUAAUAGGAACAAGAAAGUAAAGCCAAAUAUUCUAUUGCAUUUUUAUUGGUACAAUUGAUUUGUGAGAUAAAUAUUGCAGUUUCAAAUUU